AACAUAGAUGAGGAGGUCGCCGAAAGUUGGGAGGAAGCUGCUGAUAGUAGGGAAAUGGAAAAACAAUUAGAGGAGAAGCUAAGGAUCAGCCAGAAAGAAAAGGAGUCCAGUAACAAUUCCUCACAAUCUCCAUUGAAGACAACCAUGGUGAUACAGGACGACUCUCUACCAGCAGCACCCCCACCUCAGAUACGCAUUUUGAAGCGGCCUACAAGUAACGGGUCAUUGGGAUCACCCUUGAAUCAGAAUAGGCCUACACCACAGGUCAAGUCUCUGGCCCAGCGUGAAGCAGAAUACGCAGAGGCCAGGAAGAGAAUACUGGGCAGCGCCUGCCCUGAGGAGACGCCUCAGGACAAACCCAACACUGAUAGGGCAGGGCGCAAUAACUCUACAUUGCCUUCGGAGGACACCCGAUCAAACAAUCAAACGGUCCGGCAGCCAGCCGGCCCAGACGGCACCCAGGGGUUCCGACAGCACAGAUAAGUGGGUCCUGGGGGCCACCCAGCCAUCGAGGGGAGAGAGAUCAAGGGCCACCAGAGAGCAAAUACAGCACUGUAUUCUUAAAACUUCCUUCCUUCAGUUCCAUUAUAUCGGAUGGGCCGGGAGUACAGCCACACUGCUGCUCAACUCUCCCCACUAGCGGUUUUGUGUAACUGACGGGGAGCGAGGAGGAGGAAGUCAAAUGGGAAACAUGCUCUCUUCUCUCCCCACUCCAGUCUGUUUGACACUGUGAUUAUGAACAUCUUCUGGACUCACUGUGAUGAUCCCUUUAAGAGACGCCCCACGCCUCCACCCCUCUCCUCCUUCAGUGCCCAGCGGCUUCGUCUCAGGACGCCAGCAAGCCAGAAGCAAAGACUUAAACUAAGGAUGGCAGAGAGAGAGAAGGGGAAGUGACGGGCCAUCGCAAAAUAAGAUGAGCUGGAACUCGGGCAGCAGCUUCUCCUCAGCAAUAAUACCAGACAUCACUUCUCACACCUUUUUACAUACAUGUUUUUAAUUUUCAGAUGUUGGAUCACAAAUUUUUUAUCUUUUUGUUUUUCUUGCUCGUCUUUAUCUAUACUAGGGAUGCUCUGAUAUCUACAGAGUACAGAUAAACAUACUUCACAUUAUACAUACACCACCAAGAACCUGUUCAUUAAAACAGUAUUUAAUAUUGAGAUUUUUUUGGAACUAUAUUUACAGUGUUUAUGAAAUAGGAAGCAUUCACAUUUCUUUCACCUCGUUUAGUGGUAAAAUAGUCUCAAAAUACUAUGUUUUGGUUUGUCCUUACAGUUUAAACACCCACACGUGCACUGCACCUUGUGGUGUCAGGUCCCCAACAGUCAACUCACCACUAAAGCUGCGUACUUAACUGGUAACUGAGCUGUUAGCAUUAUCUGUGCACCCCUAAUAUGUAAAUUGCCAUUUGUUUUUAAAAACUGAGAGUAAGGGUUACGUGUCGAGUUGUAUAUCUGACAAGUUCUGUUUACGGUUUGUCUUUUUUUUUUUUUUUUUUAAAUAAGGUUUUUUAGCGGUCUUCUGUGGACUCUUACAUUAUUUGUAUUUAAAAGUAAAAUCAAAAAACAAAGACAAAUGAAAAGGAGAUUGUUUUUAAGUUGUUUUUUUUCUGCCUUUGAGAUGUCAGCAGUAUUUUAAUCGAAAUGAACCAAAAUCCCAUUUUAAAAUCAACCUGUGUGUAUAUAGUAUAUCAGUUAAUUCAGUAGUCGUUAUUUGAAGGUGGUUUUGGCAGCAACUCAAGGGAGGGUCAGACGUGGGAAUGAAUUUACUGCUGUAAGCCUCUCCGUCACAUCUCCACCGCGUCAGCGGCGUGCUCGUUUUUUCAUGUCCCUCACUGACGUACAGUACGCAGGAACUCAGGUGCAAGUGAACGAGACAAUGAAUGAAAUGGACUAAGAUUGUAUUUUUCCAGCGGGUUCGAUUGCUCAAGCAGCAAAUGUCCGUAUUUAAAGCCAGGGCUGGCACUUUGUUAGAAGCCGUGCUAUACAGUGAAAUUGAACUGAAAUGAUGUCUACGUCCCAAGAAGAAUGAAUGGCAUUUUUUUUUUUUUUUUGUCAUCUUGGUUACAUCAGAAACGGUGACAUCACCCCAUGUGAUUGUUCAGUAACUGAUGGUUCUCUGCUGAAAUGGAACAUGGAGACCCAGCUGUAUGUGAACCAGAGCGGCAUGACCAGGACCAUUGUACCCAAUAGAUGUUCUUUAAUUGUUCAAACAGAGAAGGGAUCUCAAUAAAGCCAUAUUCAGUGGUGCACAUCAUCAAUAGAAAAGUUCUUUUAAUAGUUGAAUUCAGCUUGUGCCUCCUGUAUCACAUCUUUACUUCCUGGUUGUUACUGUAGCUCAAGAAACUGAAUAUACCCGAGGGAGGAUACACAAUACUGGCAAAAGAUUUUAGUUCAGGAACUAAAGCAGCAGAGCAGGAGACAGGACGGUUUUAGCUGAGCUCUUGAGUGGAAACAAACUGCCUGUAAAUACUGAUUUAAUAAAAUGAUUUGCAAA